AUGAUUGAUUUUGACUUAAUAUCAAAAACGAUAGGAUGGGCGUAUUUCUUUGCAUGGUCUAUAAGUUUUUAUCCUCAAGUGAUCUUAAAUUAUCGGCGUAAAAGUGUUCAAGGAUUAUCCAUAGAUUUCCUUUGGUACAACGUAUACGGAUUUGCAUGUUAUUCAAUAUUUAAUUUGGCAUUCUUUGCAUCUGAAGGAAUACGUGACGAAUAUCGAUUAAGAAAUGGCGAUAAAAGUAAUUUGGUGCAAAUAAACGAUGUGGUCUUUGCCCUACACGCAUUAACAUUGAGUGCCAUCACUUUAAUUCAAACUUUUAUAUACAAGAGAGAUUCAUACCAGCGAAUCUCGCCGGUCGCAUUCUCAUUAAUAACAAUGUCAUUUUUGGGAAUAUUUUUAUUGUUGAUUGGAGUUUUCUUUGGAAUAAAUCAGUGGAUUGAUUUAUUAUAUUACAUGAGUUACGUUAAAUUAUGUCUUAGUUUCGUAAAAUAUGUUCCCCAAGCGUUCUUGAAUUUCAAAAGAAAGUCCACUAUUGGAUGGAGUAUCCAUAAUAUUCUAUUGUAUUGGAUGCAUAUUUACAAGAUAACUGGAAUGGAAUAUCAGGGGCAAGUUAUUGAUAAAGACCUCGCAAAACUUGGUCUCGGAUUUCUUAGUGUGUCAUUUGACUUAUUAUUUAUGACACAACAUUACGUACUUUAUCAUAAUCCUAAGGAUCAUAAUUCAUUAACGGACGAAAAUGAUGAUAAUGAUUUUUCUAAUAAUGAUGACUUGGAGAAUACUCGCUUAUUAUCAUCGAAAUCGUUACCAAGAUAUUUACCAUAA